AUGACGAAGAAAAGACUGCAUUGGAAGGCAGUUAGAGAGAGCUUUCCAGGCAGUGAAGCAGUGCCUAGGGAUGUGAUGCUUGAACUAAAGAAGGUUCCUCCAAGGAGCCAAGGGGCCUCUAGAACGGAUAAAUUCCCAAGCAUCUUUGGAGGUAAAGGAGCCAGAGGAGCUUGUCAACCAGAUAACAGAAUCUCUCCUAGAGGGUCUUCUAGCGGUAGAAGGUCAGUGCUUGACACGUAUGAGGGUAUUGCUGAAAUAGUUUGUAACAAACUUGGUUUGGAUGAUCCAUCCAAAGUUAAGCUCUCAUCCUAUGAUUGUUUCCAUGGAAUGCUAUAUUUGCGACAAAUUAUGUAUGGGGCGAUGAAAUUAUCAGAGAUGCUGGUCCAUGACAAUCAGAUUUCAAAUAUCUUGUAUUAUGAAGUAUUGGAUAACCCUCUUCCAGAAUUGGACAGUUCAAGAACUCUGAAGUUUGCUUUUCAUUCAGCUGUGACGGAUGAGGUGGCUGAUUUUUGUGAAACGCUUCCAAAAUACACUAAAGUAGGAGAAUUAUUAGCUAAACUUAAAGCUAAGGUUAAGCUGUCUCAUCCCAAUGCAAGACGCCGGUUACUUUAUGUUCCCAAUCACCAGAUCUCUGUGGUCUUUCGUCAAAAAGAUACGAUAGACUACGUAAGUUGUUAUAAGGGGCCGUUGCGAGUCGAGGAGAUUCCUGAAGAAGAAGAAAACUCUGGUUCUUGUGAUUGCUUGAUUCGUGUUUGCCACUUCGAUAAACAUAGCCUGAAGUGCUUUGAAAAUCCUUUUCUCUUUAUCAUUCACAAAGGCGAGACUUUAGCGGAAAUUAAAGUACGUCUACAAAAGAAAUUGAAUGUUGCAAACAAAGAGUUUGUUAAGUGGACUUCUGCAUUUUUUCAGUUUGAUAUUCCCGAGUAUCUUAUAGAUUCUGACAUUGUAGCCAGUUAUUUUAAGAAAAGCGAUAGAUUUGCAGCUUCGUCGGAAUAUCUUGGAUUGGUGCACUCUCACAGAACUCAUAAUAGGGUACAUGAGGCCAAUCAGAGUGCAAAAGUUAGCAGAUACUCACGCUAUUCCAUCACCACACUUGUGACCAUGUCUCCAAAUCUUGCAGAACUCUCAUACAUCUGA